GACACUAGGGCGGACAAACAUCAAUCUUCAUUCCUGCGUAGUAUUGCAGGCUUCUCGAUCAGUUAAUAUCAUACCAGAGAAGGUACUGCUUCCGCCGACCGGCGCCGCCGCCAUGUCCGGCACGAAGUCCCUGCUCAAGGCCAUCAACGAGGCCAUCCGGCAGCAGAGGUGGGACGAUGCAAUCGAGGCCGCCGAGGACGUGUUCCAGAAAGACCCCAGAAAUUACCAAGCACACAUCUUUUUGGCGUUCGCCUUGGACAAGAAGAACCUGCCCGACAAGGCGGAGAGGACGUACAUGACCGCCACUGGUCUGAAGCCCAGCGACCCGCAGGCAUGGCAAGGUCUCAUCAAGUUGUACCAGCAGCGACGGGCCCAAAAGCUGGCUCCCUACCAACAUGCCGUACUCAACCUAGCCCAGAUUUACCGGGACGCCGAUGAGAUGUACAAGUGCCAGGACGUGGUCGACAAGUUCAUUGACUAUGCCCGCACUCAUGGGAAGCGGGAGCAGUAUGUGGACGCGCUGGAUCUGAUCCUGCCUGAAAGCCCCAUCUAUCCAGCUCUGGAGGGCCGUGUCCCGCAUCCGGCCAAGACGUACGAGAUCCAGGCCCAAAUCAUCGAGGCGGACGAGAAGAAGCGGAUCAACACUCUGAUCGGCGAUCGGCGCACUAGGAUAGGCGCCCGCGUGAGCGAGGUCACCCUCGAGGUUAAGCGCGAAGUUUAUCAGCAGAGCCGCCUGGAUCAUGUCUAUCGCCAGUUGAUCGACUGGGCCACCGACGACGAUGUGCGUCGGAAAUACGAGGAGAAGCUUUUGCAGUACUGCUACGAGAGGCUGCUUGCCUGGCCCCCGGGCGAGCAGAAGGACAGGGAAGCAGCGAUUGUCCGAAAGCUGGCAAAUGACAUGGUCAUCAUCAGGCAUCCAUUCAAAUUUGCAUGGGACAUUGCCAUUAACUGGCAGGACCACAAGGACAUCCAAGACUGGGACGUGACCGUUCUCAGGCAGUACUGCACCUUUUUUCCCGACAGCGACCUCAGCAGGGUCAUCAUGGCCUUCCUCACAAGUGACAUCUCGCCCUUUCCGAAGGAGGAGGCCCCGAAGCAGCCGGUGACAGGCGCCCGCGCCGAGACCGAAGACGAGAGCGAAGACGACGAGGAAGGGGGCGUCCCCACAACCUACGUUCCGCUGACCGAGGAGGACCGGCUGUUGAUGAUGAUGGAAGGCGGAAGCAGCGCGGACUCGCUCUUCGCGCUCAGGUUGGCGGGAGAGUAUUACCAGCACAUCGAGGAACACGAGAACAACGUCGAACUCAUGCGCAAAGCUCUCGAGCACGUGAGGCUGGAGCGCUCCAGGACAGGGCUCUCGUUCCGAAACAGCGAGGAUGCCUUCUCGCUGUGUCUCGGAACCGCCCUAGUGUUCUACCAGUCGCCGCGCCACCACCAGGAAGCCAAAAGCCUGUUUGACGGCGUGCUUGCGCACGAACCGUCGUCGACCCGCGCGAUGAUUGGCGUCGGCCUGAUCUACGAGGAGGAGGAGGAGUACAACGAAGCCAUCGACUUCUUGGAGAGGGCCCUGCAACGCGACCCGGACAAUCUCCGCGUCAGGACCGAGGCCGCCUGGGUGAAGGCCUUGAAAGGGGACUUUGAGACCAGUAGGCGCGAGCUGGAGAGUUGCCUGCCGCUGCUGAGCAAAAAAGGCCAGACAAACAAGGAACUCCUCGCACAGACCCAGUACCGCGUUGGCUACUGCCUCUGGAACCUCGAGACAUCCCGAGCCGCGAGGAAGAACCGUGCCGGGGCCUACGCCUACUUCCUCGAAGCCCUCAAGAGCAACCUCAAUUACGCACCCGCCUACACGAGUCUGGGUGUGUACUAUGCAGAUUACGCCAAGGACAAGAAGAGGGCGCGCCGGUGCUUUCAGAAAGCCCUCGAGCUCUCCCCAUCCGAAGUCACUGCGGCCGAGAGGCUCGCCAGAUCUUUCGCAGAUGACGGCGACUGGGAUCGCGUCGAGCUCGUCGCCCAGAGAGUGGUCGAUUCCGGCAAGGUCAAACCCCCUCCCGGAUCGAAGCGCAAGGGCAUCAGCUGGCCCUUUGCUGCCCUGGGCGUGGCAGAACUCAACAAACAAGACUAUCGCAAGGCGAUUGUCUCGUUCCAGGCAGCCCUUAGGAUCUCGCCCGAGGACUAUCACUCGUGGGUCGGCCUAGGCGAGAGCUACCACGGCUCCGGCCGGUAUAUCGCGGCCACCAAGGCGAUCCUGAACGCCCAGAAGCUAGAAGCGGCUGUCGACGGCAGCAUCUCCGAGGGGACGUGGUUUUCGAAGUUCAUCCUUGCCGAAAUCAAGCGCGAGUUGGGCGAAUUUGACGAGGCCAUUGCGCUGUAUCGCGAGAUUGUCGCUAGCCGCCCGGACGAAGAAGGUGUGGCGAUUGCCUUGAUGCAAGCUAUCGUGGACAGCGCCCGGGACAGCUUGGACAAGGGCUUCUUUGGAAAGGCGGUCGACCUCGCCGUCGAGACGCUGAAGUUUGCGGACCAAGCACCCGGGACAAUCAAAGAGACGUUCAAUUAUUGGAAAGCGGUGGCAGACGCCUGCUCCUUGUUCUCGAGCGUCCAGGGAAGACUGGCCGAGUUUCCGGUCGAUCUGGUCCAGCAACUGCUUGGCGCCAAUGACUCGGCGCUUGAGCAGGUCGUCGACGUGGACGGGGUCGGCAGCGGCAUCACGAACGGGCUAAAUUCUGAGGUCAGCCAAAUUGGCCCCGACCUGACGCGAGUUCUCCAUGCCACCAUUCUGGCGCACAAGCGCGCCAUCCAUGUCUCUGCGAACGACGUGCAUGCGCAGGCCGUAGCGUAUUACAACCUCGGCUGGGCAGAGUACCGUGCGCACAUGUGCCUGCCCAUGCAAUCCAGAAGGAAAGCGACCAAAUACCUGAAGGCGGCGAUCGCGUGCUUCAAGCGGGCCAUCGAGCUCGAGGCAGGCAACUCCGAGUUCUGGAACGCGCUCGGCGUGGCGACCAGCGGCGUCAACCCGGCCGUCUCACAGCAUUCCUUUGUUCGCAGCCUGUACCUGAAUGAGGGCGGGGCGCAUGCAUGGACAAACUUGGGAACCUUGGCUCUGCUCCAGGGCGAUGUUCAGUUCGCCAACGAGGCCUUUACGAAAGCCCAGUCGGCCGAUCCUGAUUACGCUCACGCCUGGCUCGGGCAGGGCCUGGUGGCUCUGCUGCUCGGAGACCGGAAGGAAGCGCGCGGGCUGUUCACCCACGCGAUGGACAUCUCGGAGAGCUCGUCCCUGGCGACCCGGCGGCACUACGCUGUCUCCAUGUUCGAUCACAUCAUGGAGUCGCCGUCCGACGUGCCCGUCGCGUCGCUGAUCCAACCUAUCCUCGCUCUCAGCCAGCUCCAGGGGCUCAACCCGCAGGAGCUCGCCUACGGCCACCUGUCGGCACUCUUCCAGGAGCGCAACCUCGAGCACGACCGUGCCGUCGCCACGCUCGAGAAGCUCUGCGCCGCCCUCGAAGCAGACUACGAAGUCAGCGAAUCGCCCGAGUCGCUCAAGCGGUUCGCUAUCGCCAAAGCCGACCUCGCGCGCGCCUACCUCGCGGCCGGCUCGAACGCGGAGGCCGUCGAGGCGGCCGAGCUGGCCAUCCAGCUGAGCAGCGACGAGUCCGACAGCGAACUGUCGGCCGACGAGCGCAGGCGGGUCCGGCUCAGCGCCCACGUCACCAUGGGCCUGGCGCGGUACUACCAGCAGGGGGGCGGCGUCGACGAGGCGGUGGCGUGCUUCGACUCCGCCAUCGAGGAGUCGGACGGCGACCCCGACGUGGCGUGCGUCCUGGCGCAGGUGCUGUGGGCGACGGGCAAGGAGGAGGCGCGCGAGCGCGCGCGCGAGGUGCUGUUCGGCGUCAUCGAGCGCGUGCCGCACCACGUGCAGUCGGUGCUGCUCCUGGGCGUGAUCGCGCUGCUGGACGAGGACGACGAGAGCCUGGAGGCGGUCGUCGCGGAGCUGCAGGCCCUGCGGGCGAGCGACGAGGGCGUGUCGCCCGCCGACCAAAAGCGGCUAGGCGAGGUGCUGCGCGCUGUCGCGGCCUUCGGGAAGGGCGGUGGCGGCGACGACGCCGAGGAGCUCAAGGCGCACCAGGCGCGCGCCGACGUCAUGUUCCACCCACACCUGCCGCACGGGUGGUCGGAGCUGGGCGCGCUGGGCGGGGAGGAAGGCAAGAGCGCGGCCGAGAUGGCGUUGCGGGUGGCCCUCAAGGGCGUCGCGCCGAGGGGGGAUUUGGCGGCGGAGGAGCUGGCCAGGGCGUAUGCCGGCACCGGGAGGGCCGUGGACGCGCAGACGGCGAUCAUGGUUGCGCCGUGGGAAAAGGCCGGGUGGACGGCUCUGGCCGAGGUCAUUCAGGGGUGAGCAUGUUUAUGCACAGGGCAGCCAUGUCUUGGUAGACGGAAAAACGGAAAGAAAAGAAAAUAAUAG